CACAAAAUGGCGGCCCCCAUGUGUUUCUAGCAACAACGUGAUUUUUGCCCAUGUUUUCUAUCGUUUAAUCUACAGCGAAAGAAAUUCUGACCAAAUAUUUUGAGGUUCACAAUACGGCGCUCAAAGUGAACGAACUGUUAGCUGAGAGCCAGAGCUCAUCUCUGAGAUGGCUUCAUUCAGACCCACUAAAAUUCAGACUUGUCCAAAACUAGGAGAGAAAGUGACUGAGGAUACGCUGUACUGGAAAAAUUAUAAGGCUGCUAUACAAAUUAAAGAAUUUGGUGCGGUUACAAAAAUCGACUUCUCUCCUCUCCCACCUCACAAUUAUGCAGUCACAGCCUCAACCAGAAUCCAGGUAUAUGGACCGUAUUCUCAAGAGCCCAUUCGGAGCUUCACCCGUUUUCGGGAUACGGCGUAUGGAGGGAGUUUCAGAGGUGAUGGCAAACUGAUAGUGGCUGGAAGUGAAGAGGGACUCAUCCGACUGUUUGACGUCAGCGGCCGAGUGGCUCUUAGGCAGUUCACAGGACACACAAAGGCGGUACGUACGACCUCAUUCCUAUCGGAUGGGUUUCGCGUGGUGUCUGGUUCCGAUGAUCUCUCGUGUCGUCUUUGGGAUGUUGCCAGUGCUGCAGAGCUCAACUCAUUUACCGAACACACAGACUAUAUCAGAACGGCUGUUCCUAGCAAACUCAACCCAGAGUUGUUUGUCACAGGUUCAUAUGAUCACACAGUGAAAGUAUUCGACGUGCGGUCAGGAGGGAGUGUGAUGACUAUGCAACACGGUCAUCCUGUGGAGUGUGUACUGCUGUACCCUUCAGAAGCCCUGCUGGUGUCCACAGGAGGGCGCUACGUAAAAAUCUGGGACCUUCUGAAAGGCGGACAGCAGCUUGUGUCUCUUAAGAAUCACCACAAAACCGUUACGUGUGCCUGUCUGAGCUCAACACACAACAGACUGCUCACGGGGUCCCUGGACAGGCAUGUGAAAGUGUAUAACUCUUCCUAUAAGGUGGUGCAUAAUUUUGACUCUGCAGCGUCUAUACUAAGCCUGGCUGUUGCGCCUGAUGAUGAAGUCAUUGCUGUGGGGAUGACCAAUGGAGUGUUGAGUGUCAGACACAGGAAACACAAAGAAAACAAAGAGCCGAUGAUUGGUCGAAGACGACGAGGCCCCGCGUACCGGGUGUUUGUCAAGGGGAAGAACUUUACACCUAAACAGGAUGACUUCUUGGUCAGUAAACCAGUUAAACAGCAUCUGCAGAAAUAUGACAAACUGCUGAAAAGCUUUCAGGUGUCUAAAGCCCUGGACACAGCGCUGCAGACGUGGACACGCAGCAGUAAACCAGACGUGCUUGUAGCAGUGAUCAUGGAGUUGAGCCGCAGAGGAACUCUGAAGAACGCUCUCGCCGGACGAGAUGAAGAGAGUUUAAGCAAAAUAAUCAACUUUCUUCUAAAGCACAUCACUGACCCACGCUUUUCUCGUCAGCUGCUUGGAGUCGGAGAUAUGCUUCUUGAUCUGUAUCAGCAGGUAAUUCCACAGUCACCUGUCGUCGAGAGGUUGCUUCAGCGUCUGAUGGAGCUGUUGGGUCGAGAAGCUGAACUUCAGCAGGAACUGCUGCAGGUGCUGGGAAUCCUGGACACACUUUUUGCAUCCAUGACCCCUAAAGCAGAGGUUCUGUCCCUUGCUAUUCCACCAGCUUCCAGGGAAGCACAGCUACAAGCCACCUGACACUCCAUACAAAACUCUGUGUAGUCUGAUGACAUAAAUGAAAGAUGCCGGCGUAAGGAAAACGAAAGAGAUGAAUAUACAAGACGUGUGACAAAGCGUCGUUGCUUAGUCGCAGAGUCAUUGUUUUUGUGAAAACUCGCUGUGUCAGUGCUUCUUCAAUUUUCUGCUGAUGCUUGCAGAAUUCUGUUUUGUAUAUUCCUACUAUAAAUUCUUUUAAUCUGA